CGCACACCAGUUAACCAGGAACUUCUGCAAAUAGACACAGCUCCGCAACUCAAUCUCACAGACCCAACUUGCGCUGGAGCCCGGCCCGCUUAGCCCGGAGCUGUGAUCAUGGUGCCCUGUAUGAGCUUCAUGUCAAGAUGGACAUAAUAGAGACACUGACAGGGCUCGGAGAGGCGGUGCGCUGCGGCCAACUGGAGCUUGGUUUGACGGACCCCCGACGCGGUUUAUCGACUUCCUACAUUGUAGUGCAUUAGCGCAAGUACAAACGGUCAAGGAUUUACCCUCAAGCGGGCCGCCUCGCGGGGCUGGCCCUGCACGCGUGCACGCGUGAGCAGGCAGUAUGCCUGCUGACCCUGAUAGGGAUAUGGACGUAGAUAUGGAUGGCGAGCAGUGGGGCGGUGGCGAUGACAUCAAGAAGGGCGCCUGGACGCCGGAGGAGGACGCCCUGCUGACGAAACUCAUCGCCACCUAUGGCACAAAGAAUUGGAGUGUGGUGGCGGCUGGCAUCAAGGGGCGGUCUGGGAAAAGCUGCCGACUCCGAUGGCAUAAUCAGCUCAACCCGGAUGUUAAGAAGGAGCCGUUCUCGGAGUGGGAGGACGCUGUCAUCAUUUUGGCACACGAGGUACACGGCAACAAGUGGGCGGCGAUUGCGAAGCUGCUGAGCGGGCGAACGGACAACAGCGUUAAGAACCACUGGAACGCCACGCUGAAGCGCAAGGUGAACACCAACACGCUGCGCAAUCGCUUUCUGAAGGAGCGGGUGGUGCUGCAGUGGCUGCUGGACCACCCAGAGCUGGACACCAGCCGGACCAAGGACGCGCAGCAGACCAAGGCGGAGAUUUCCAUCAACGGCAACUGGGCCGGCAAGGCCACGCGGCGCGCGCAGGCCACAAUCACCGCCGGCGGCAGCGGUCGCGGCAGGUCGCGACGGAACCGCUCGCGCUCCGCUGAGUCGGGCUCGGCCACCGAUGACGGCGACGACGACGCGUAUGUGGAUGACGGCGACGGCGACGACGGCGGCCCCGGCGGCGGCAGCGGCCCCGGCGGCGAGCAGCACGGCGCCAGCAUCAGCACGGGCGUCAGAGGUGUGAGCGUCGGUGCGGGUGCUGGCGAUCGUGACCGCGGGGACCGCGGCGACCGUGGGGAUCGUGGUAACGGUGGUGGCGGCGCGGGAACAGGCCCGAUCGACCCGACGGCGGCGCUUCAGCAGCUCAACAGCAACCUUGCGCUGAACGUCAACGCACUGGGAGGCGGCGGCGGCGGGCCACUGGGACCCCUGGGGCCCGUCGACUUGGGCCUUGGCCCGGGAGGCUUUGGGCUGGGCCCGGGAGGCCCACUUGGUAUGGGCGGCAGCCUGGGGCCGGCAGGCGGGCUUGGGCUCGGGCCAGGAGGCCUGGGAGGGCUAGGGCUGGGGGCUGGGCCCGGCGCUGGACCAGGCAGGCCGCUGGGCCGUACCAACAGCGCAGCAGCGGCGCUGGCGGCGGCGGCGGCGGCCGCUGGCGUGCUGCCGCCGCCGCUGGGAGCCAGCGGCGGCAGCCGACAGCUGCUGGACCUGCUGCCUGGCGGCGGCGCCGGCGGGCCGGUCGGCGGCGGGCCUCUUGGCGGUGGCGGCGCCGGCGGUCGCGGCGGCGGUGGUCGUGACCUGGACUACGGCAACGACCACCGCGGCCGCAAUGACAGCUACGACGGCAGUGGCCACAUGGACCUCGGGCCCGGCGGCGGCGGCGGCGGCGGCCCCUUCGGAGGCCCACGCAACGGCGGCAUGACGCAGCCGCAGCCGCCGGGCCGCGCGGGCGGCCCCGGCGGCAUGGGCCCCGGUGGCGGCGGUGGCGGCCCUUCCCGGCUGCCGCCUGGCCCGGACGUGGGCGGCGGUUCGGGCCUGGGUAUGCCGGGCGGUGUGUCGGACAUUGAGCUGUUCAGGUCACUGCCUGAGGCCACACGGCUGUGCCUCAUUGAGCUGGCGCGACUGGCAGGGCCGGCCACGCUGAGCAUCAUUGAGCGGGAGCGGCAGGAGCUGGCGGCUGGCGUCCUGGCCGGCGGGCUGGGCGGCAUGGGCGGCGGCGGGGGCGGCCAUGGGUCCUGGCAGCAGCAAGGCAUCGUGGGGCGAGGCGGUGUGGCGGCGAUGGAUGACUUCGGUGGCGGCCGGUCGCGAGAGCAGUCGUUGAGCGAUGGGCUGGACAUGGCCGGCCCGCGGGGCGGCAUGGGCGGCGGGCCUAUGGGAGGCAUGGGGCCAGGCAUGCACCACGGCGGCGGCGGCGGCGGCCACCGCGGCAGCGGCGGCGUCACAGGGCCGCAUGGCGGUAGCGGCAACGCUAACGGCUAUAACGGCAACGGCGGCGGGUACGGCUCCAACGGCAGCAUGCACAUGGCUGGCGGUGGCAGCGGCGGUCCCAAGGGAGGACCGUACAAUGACCCUUACGGCGACAUGGGCCGCGGCGGACGGGGCGGCGGCAGCGGCGGUGAUGGCUAUGGCGGCGGGGCUGGCGGCGGGGGCAUGCGAGGCAUGGGUGGCGGCGGCGGCGGCCCGGUCAGCCGGCGAAACAGCGGCAGCGGGUAUGGAGGCAUGGGUUUUAACGGGAGCGGCAAUGAUCCCAUGAUAAUGGGUGGGCCGCUUGGCGGCGGCGGCGCCGACGCGGCGGCCGUGCUACGACAGCUGGCGCAGCGCGGCGGCGGCGGGCCCGGGGGCGGCAUGGUCGGGCCAAUGGGUGGCGGCGGAGGCGGCAUGGGCAGCGUGCCCGGCGGUGGCCUUGACGGCUACGGCGGCGGCGGCGGUGGCCGUGGAAUGUUAGUCGGCGGUGGUGGCGGCGGCGGCUUGGGCCCUGGCGGGCUUGGGUCGCUGGGCGGCGGUGGUGGCCUGGGCGGCGUGCCCGUGUCCUCAGCGGAGCUGCGUAUGCUGCAGGGCUUCAUGGGCGGCGGCGGGCGCAGCGGCCUGGCGGGUGUGCUGCAGAAGCAGUUGGCGGCAGCAGACCCAGGGCUGUACCGGGGACUGAGCGAGGAACUGGCCCACCUGCUCACCAGCGUGGACCCCGGCAGCUACUAGCAGCUGCUAAGGAGCUACGGAGCAGCAGCUUGCCUGGCCAGGCGUACAGCCGAGCCGGCUGGCUGGGUGGUUGGCAAUCAGCCUGCGUGGUCGGUGACCUACUGGCUAGGCGGUCAGGAGUGGCUGGGUGCGGCAGCGGUCAUGGCCGCGCGGCGGUUCGCAGCAAUAUAUGCGGAUGCCGUACGGAGAGGGGACAUUGGAUAAUGUCCUGAGAACAUGUGCUGGUAAUGUAUGAAGUAUCUGCCAGGAUGGGACUCACACCGGUGCCAGUGACCCGCCACGCAUUUGGCAGUUUGGCUGUGCUGAUGUGGGUGUCAAAAGUAAAGGAAUGAACUCCAUCCGUCAUUCAAAAACACGCAAGCCAGCAUUUGUGGUUGGCAUGUUCUGUCUACAACGCAAUAGUUGUGUUGCAUGUCCAGCAAUGAGGCAUGCGCAACAAGUUCCCAAGUGAUUGCCUAGUGCUUGUUGCGUCCUGCGCAUGCAAGAGCGGAUGCUGAUCCUACAACGCUGUCUGUCCUCAUUCUCUUAAACCGCCACUAGUGGCGAUGCAUGCACACAGUUGGGUGCCCCUUUAGUGACCGGGGCGUGGCGCUGGUACUUGCCGUCGAAGGCGUGUAAGUGCCAAAUGGUCUAUUGCAUGAAGCGGGCGCGGGGGAGCGCCACAGCUGGAGGUGGCGGCAUCCGUGACAGGUCGUUGGUCACAUGAGGGAGAGCCCGGGCUGGGACCGGAGCACCUUAGCAGGUGUGAGCAGCUCUGGUGGGGAUCGAGAGGCAUGCUGCCACGGAUAGCGCACACGCGCGCUCAGGAAUGGUAGCAAUAGCGGUUCGGCGCGUUUGUCUCGCCUGGAGUGCUGCCGGGGCAAGGACCGAGUCCAGAAGCAGCCCAACUUGCCGUCAAGGCGUUGGGGUUACUGCAGGGACUGUUGGCGUGCAUGCUCGCAUUUGGUGAAGGGGUUGUGGGUCUGGUCAUCUGGUAUGCAGAUGGACGUGAGGCCGCUUGGGGGGAGUUGAAGGGCCCGAUUGCAGUUAUGCAAAUGCAUCGCUUGUACCGGCAAUGGAGCGUUCAUGCGGAUAUUGCCGUACAUGAAAUAAGAGGCCGCCUGUGCUCGCAUGCAACGCGAGCACGUGACACUCCGAACCUGAGCACUGACGUAGUGUGCUGCCGGCAGCAGGCGCGGGGGAAAGGGUCGGGGGAGGUUGCGCAUACAUGCGUAUGGUGUGAGCGCACCGGCUUGCUACAGCUACAGGCUUACGGCUGGGAGCUGCUGGCUGAUGCAACGGGGUGCAUAUAUUUAGAGCACAGGUUGGCACUUCGCUGCGCGGAACGCAGUGCCAGCCCCCCCUAUAAAUUCUUGGUUGCAUAACUGCGGUGCACACAAAGUUGGGUAGCCAAAGACGCAGGAGGCGCAUGAGACUGGCCGAGAGCGGGGCGUGGGCGUCAAGGGCCUUGAGGAGUGGCUCAACAAAGCAUUCAUAACGCGUCUUGCUGGGUUAGGUGGAUUGCAACUGUUGUGCACGUGUGGGGGGGUAUUCGCGUGUGGUCACGGUCGGCACCAGGACGCCCGUGUACGCCCGUGUCGUAACACACGAAGGACGAGGCUUCCAGUGAUAGGCAGAUGGGGGCAUUCAGGAGAGGGUCUGCUAUAUGGCUGCCAGGAGACAAACUACUUGGUUAUGGGUUGUGAAACACGUGGGUGUGAAAGCAGAAAAGACACGAUCUGGGCACUGCGCACUGCUGGAUGCGUGAGUGCUGAGGCAGGCAAUACCCAAGCGGCAGCUGUGCUGAAAUGAAGCAUUCUUCCGACGUGGGCUCAGUGCACGGAACAGCUGGCGUGAAAAGCGUGUAGGGGGUAGAAAGCGGCUCACUGCUGCUUCCAGGGUGGUCUGGCAUUCCUGACACAGGCCACGCGCGUACCACUCCGGGUUUCAUGGCCACGGUCCUUGAGUCCACUCCAUAUGCAGUACGCCCGAAGCUUACACUGUAAAAUUAAUACAUG